UAUCAGUGAUUAGAGUUUUGCGUCGCCAUUCAUCGUUCGAUUCUGAAACUUUUACCCUGUAAUACGGUAAAAUGUCCAAUCAGAAAAAGAUCUCCAGUUUCUUUAACACCUCAGGCACAAAAAGGAGCGCAGAAAAUGCCGGAGUAACGACAGAUUCUCCCCAAACCAAGUCCUCCAAGACAGACGAUCAGAGCUCGCCUGCGUCGAAUCCGAGACCGCUAUCAAAUCUCUCACCUGAGCAGAGAGAACGCAUGGAGGCCAACCGAAAGGAGGCAGAAAAGAGACUACUUGCCAAUAAAAGUCCUCAAUAUUUUGGAGAGUCGUGGAGAAAUGCUUUAGCGGCAGAGUUUGGCAAGGAAUACUUUACGAAAGUAAGCGUAAGAUGUGUGGAGUUAAGAAUAAAUUAAUAGUUAAGCUGAAGCUUUCGAGGCGAUGUUAAAAAUCAGUCAAAAUUUAACGCUUUACUUUCUUCUUUUUUAAGCUUUGCAAUUUUGUAAAGGAAGAAAGAUCUCGCAAGACCGUCUAUCCCCCAGGUAAGAAAGAAAGCAAUAGGACACCCGCUAUGUACUUUACUUGUCGGGGGGGGGGGGGAGCGGAGAGGGUGGGAUUGCGGCUGAUUGGUCAUUGUGUAGUGAUUGUACAUGUUAUUCUAUGGUCAUUGAAGAUAAACAUACUGUACACCAUUUUUCAGUAAGAAGGGGUGUUAUGAGAGGGAGGGGUAGUGGGGGGCAGAGCUUAAUUUAAGGGAAACACUAGCAUACUUAAUUAUUUUAACCUUGAGGGAUGGGGCACUUAUUUGAGGUGGGGCAUUGAUUUGAGCAUUUACACGUUAGACAUAAAGAAUGUAUGAUUCACUCCUGAAUCUCAAGUAGAUUGAUUUCUUCCUGCAAACCUCAAGGCCACAAACGAACAAAGCUGUCACUAUAUGGGCAUGGGGCUAGGAAUUUCCACAGCUACUAUGAACGUAACACCGAGCUCCUACCAUAGGACACAAGAGCAAAUAGAACCCCCAAAAAAUCACAUAGUGAAGCAUAGUGUUUAAGCAUGAAGUUUUAGGCCAUUGGGCCUUUACACCAAGUACUACUAUGAUGAAUUGCUUUUUUCUUCAUUACAGAAAAGGAAGUGUUCACCUGGACUCUGCAGUGUAAUAUAAAACAGGUAUCCAAGGCUGACCAGGCUUGUACUGGCAGAUUUCUGACUUGUCAAACUUUUUGUGCUUCCCGUACUGUUGCAAAGAAUUACUCCUGCCCCACUGCCUAUUGCUCCUAGAAUUUGUACAUCAUCUUUACAUUGUUGUUAUUAUCUGUUCAGAAGUCUUUUCUUUGUUGAAGAACGGCAAAGGAAAUAGCUAGAGGGAGGCCUGAGUUUUAAAGCACCAACCAACCUUUUCAUCCACUAGUUUAUGUAGAUGUUAUUGAAUGUUGUCUCUUGCACUUCGUUAAGGUUAAAGUUGUGAUUAUUGGCCAAGACCCUUAUCAUGGACCAAGGCAGGCACAUGGUAAUAUUCUUAACAUAUAGUUAAUAAAAUCUGUAAAGUUCAGUCUCCCCACUGAAAUCCCAGGGCAAAGUAGUGAUGAUCAGCAUUUUACACUUACUCUCUCAUGUCGUUGUCGUCAUCAUCAUCAUCAUCUUUAUUUGUUCAGGAUAUUAGGUCUGGAUCAAGUUUUGGAUCUGUCACUUUUGUUUUUCACUUUAAACAUUAAGUACAAUGCAUUUGUACAACUAAUGUUUGUUUGUUUGUUUGUUAUUGUUGUUGUUUUUUUAUAACAGGGCUAUGUUUCAGUGUUCCCCCUGGUGUUGCUAUACCACCAAGGUAAGUUGAUACAUGUACUGUACAGCGGUUUGCUGAAAUUGCAGAUCAAUUCCCCAGAAAUAUAGGUGAAUUUUAAAGGACACAAAAAAGAGUCACCUCUGAGUUCAAACCUUAGAAAUUUAUGAUUAAUCAAUUUACCAGACUUUAUUCUACAUGUUAGGUUUUUCCUUUUUUUCUCUUCUGAAAACUAAUCCUUUCAAGGGUAGAAGUCUAGCAUGCAGUGGGUAGUUUUGUCAGAAGACGGAAAGUACCUCUUUGUGUUUAUUUUUUUGCGGGUAAGAAUUUGGUUUGGUCAAGAAAAUAUCAUGGCGAUUUUUGCCAAAAUCGCCAAUUUCGCCAAAAUCGCCAUUUUCGCCAAAAUCGUCAACCUCCAAGGGGCCACUUUUGGCAUCCAAUUCAAAUCGCCAGCAGCUGGCGAUUUUUCGCCAGUUUCACCAUUUUCGCCAUUGCAUGCAUUUCUGGACAUAAGUGGAAAAUAUCAUAGGAUUGGUUUAUGCUGUGUACAGUAGGGUUGUGCAGUGUAUGCAUAUCAUAGGCAGGUAUACAUGUAGACAUUUGUUCAUGGGUAUCUUUUAAACUAUAGUUUAGUGAACAUCUACAAGGAGCUGACCAAUGACAUUGAAGAUUUCCAAGCACCCAAGCAUGGGUAUCUGAUGGGCUGGGCUAAGCAGGGUAGGUACAGUGAACAGCACCAUGCAAUACUUACAUGCCAUUAUAGGCAUCAACAAAACCUUGAUUGGACUGGAUUGUAUCAACCACAUAACUCACUGUUCCUUGAAAAGUCCUUGAAAAAUCCUUAGGAAAUGGUUCCAAUUUUUGGUAUGAACCCUGCUUUUAGGGAUGGGGUUACAGGGGUUGAUUUGAUCUGGCUCAAUCCAGGUUUGGCCAAUGGCCUUCCAUUAUAAUAUAAUUAAUUAAUAAAUCAAGAAAGCAUUGAUGCAACAAAUUUAAUUUUUUUUAAUGUCCUCCUCUUUAGGUGUUCUGCUGUUAAAUGCAUGCUUAACAGUUGUUGCCUCACAAGCAAACUCACAUAAAGACAAGGUACAGUAAAACUAACAUAUUUUUUUCAUUCUAUACCAGUAGUUAAGCUAUUUAGUAUAUUCUAACCCAAUAAUUAAACUAUGCAGUUGUAUAGAUCAUGUGAUGCAAACAGGAUAACCCAAACUUCUACUAGGUUGGUUAAAAAAUAUAAAAAAGACCCAUGAAAUUCAAUUAAACUAAAAAUCAAUUUACUGGUAUGUCUACAUUAAUUAUUCAGCCAUUACAUGUAUUUAGGUAAUAUUAUUCUCUGAAGAAUUUCAACAUAAUAUUUUAGGGUUGGGAAAAAUUUACAGAUGCUGUGAUAAGAUGGAUAAAUUCCAACCUCAGCAGUGUGGUGUUCCUGCUUUGGGGUUCAUAUGCUCAGAAGAAAGGCAGCUUUAUUGACAAGGUAUGGGUUACUUUAAUGCUGCAGCUACCACAAUUGUUCUCAUUUGUGGUAGUUUUCUGUUGUUGCAGAAGAUUUGAUCACCAAAUUGUCUAGUAGGGAAGAUUAAUACACAUUGCUUGAACAUUACCCCACACCACAACCAAGUCAACUUAUUAUUGACCUUAAUCAAGGCUGUACUCUAAGAAAAAUUGUGAAACCCAUGAAAUCCAGGGUGCCCAAAGUGUGAUUUCUAUAACAAAAACUUAGGUUUUCCUAGUCUCCCAAGAGCAAAAUUUAGGUGCCAGGGACCAUCAGGCGCUGCCUUGCCUUAAGACAAUUAUAUUUAGGACAAGGUUACAACUUCAGUCAGACAAACUAGACAUUAUUUCAGACAUAUUUCAGACCAUAAUACGGAUGUCUAUUAUCAAGUUAAACACAGGUUGAAGAGGCUCCCAUGCCAUCUCACAUUGGUAUCCCUCUGGUCCAGAUGGGUGGAUAAACAGACGUACGCUCAUGUGACUACCAAAAUUUCUCGAAUGCACAGAUAACCUAAUUAUCUUUCCCAUGGUGCUCCACUAAGAAUGAAAUCCUUUCAUACCAACUCCCCAAGUGAGUACAUUGCAAAAUAUUUGAUGCUUAGGUUACAGUGAGGUGCAGAUGUUACCUUAUUAUUUUCUAGACAUGACAUUACUGUUUGAAAUUUUAUUCUAUACAGAAGAAGCACUGUGUAUUGAAGGCUGUCCACCCAUCGCCUCUGUCUGCUCACCGUGGUUUCCUGGGCUGCAAACAUUUUUCCCAAGCAAAUGAAUAUCUGAAGAAAAAUGGGAAGAAACCCAUAGACUGGUGUGAUCUUCCUGCUGAUGAGAAUAAAGUUUGAUUUAUUUGAAGUCUUUCUCUUGGAUUUACAGAUCUUUACACUCCAGCUGAAUCCACAGGUUUGGACAGAAACUUAAGAUAAUUAAGGAAAACCUUGACAGAUGCAGUAUUUCAAGUAAAAAGUGUUUGAGUGAUGAUGUAUCACACAAUAUCAUAAAUUAAAAACUGGAUGAUAUGAUUUUCUAAAUUUAGUGAAAACAUUAGGUAUAUAAAAAUAUGAUAGAGGCAUCAUCUACAGGUAUCAAACCAGUUUAUCUUUGUUUAAAUUGGAGAAGUUUAAGUUGUAAACGUUGUUGUUUAAAGUACUAACGCAGAACUGAAUUAAUUUUGGUUCUUUAAAACGUUCUUUUGACAUAAAGAAUUCCCAAGACUGAAGUUUAUUACAAUGAUAGUAGUAGACAAGUUAACAGUAUCACGAAAGGAGUCAGUAUAGCCAGUUUUCUCUUGCUGCUUAGGUAUUUACUCUGCUGUAAGAGAUGUCAAUCAACCCUUUAAGCCCCAAUAUCCACAUACAAAUUCUCCAAACUGAUCUCUAUACAUUUCCUUAAAGAAUGAGUUACGAGAAUUUGAUAAAAGAUCGAAGCAUUUUCUCUAAGG